AUGGCAGGAGGUCGAACUUAUAGCGCAGGACCAAGCGAGAACGAUCCAGAUUCAGAGGCAUUGCGCCCGCCUCCACUUUCGACUAGCAGAAAUGUUUCCGGUGCCAGCACAAAUAUCAGCACCGUCGCUACAGUUGGUCGGCCUUCAAGUCCCCGUGGUCUAGGCAUCGAAAAGUUCUUGCCCCCACAAUCCACUUCUGAUAACUUACCUGGUACUUUCUACGAUACACCAACGGCUUCAAGCGCCGACGUGUCAUCCCAAGCUCUGCCACCACAGCCCGAGACUAGAGAGCCAGAACCUGCACAGGCUCCAACUCUGCCAUCUGUACAGCCAGAGGAGAUACCACCUUCAGUGCCUGAGUCCAGAGAUGUUUUAUCAGACGAGGAAGAGCAUCGCCCUGGGCUUGGACCCAUGAUCAANAAGAAAACCGGUCCCAAACUCGCAGACGCUCUCAGAAAGGCUGCAGCCGCUCAGGGUGCAUUCAAACCUCGUGCUGGUGGUGCGGCUGAGCGAAUGAGAGCUAUGGCAGAGGCUGCCACAAAGGGACAAGGACCUGACGGUAUCACUGGUGUUGUUCCAGCUCCUCUGCGAAAAAUGAGCGUGGAUACCGAUAAAUCAGAACUGCCAGUGUCCCCUGUGAAGCCCGAAUUUCCUCCGUCUGUGGCUGAAGCUGAGCCUGAACCAGAGGCUCGAGGUAUAGAGACAGAAACCCUACCGAAGGUUGCCCACGAGACAGAACAAGCUCACAAGCCUGUUGAUGGAGCGAACGUAGAAGGCUACUUCCCUCAACCAGAACCAGAACAACAGUCAAAACAACCUGAAGUGCCAGUGGUUGCUCCAGAGCCCAGACGACCAAAACGUAGAUCCGCACAGCAAGAGAACCAUCUUCGCUCACUCAACAUCGACCCAAGGCUGCUUGAUGGCAGAGGCAUUCAGUUCGAGUCCAUUCUCUCUGAUUUUGGGUGGGGAUCUGGUCUGUUGAAAGGGAGGCAAUUGGAAGAUCUGGAGGCUGAUCUGAAGCGCGAACUAGGCCGUGUGGAGGCAGGCAGCUGGUUGGGUCAUCUUGAACAAAAAGACGACCGAGUUGAUGUUGUUGAUCAAAUGCUUGAUCGAGCUAUUGCAGAGUGUGACGAGCUUGACGGACUACUAACCAUCUACUCCGCGGAACUGAGCACUCUCAACGACGACAUUGCUUUCAUUGAGGCACAGUCACAGGGUCUGCAAGUACAAACUGCCAACCAAAAGAUUCUGCACACUGAGCUUCAGAAGCUGGUUGACACGAUCUCCAUCUCACCACGCCAGCUGGAGCCGCUCAGACACGGAGAUUUCAACAACCCAGAAGCUCUUAUGUCAGUGGAGUCAUCACUGCUUCUUCUUUACAAAGCCAUGGCUACCAUCGAUCCUUCUGUGCGUUCAACAAAUGCUUUGAGACCUGCAACCGGUCUCGAUGCUAGCGACGUUGGUACCAUGAAUGCUCUACAGGAGAAGCGUAACGCAUACAUGCGAGAAAGUGCUGAAUUCUGCCAACGCCUGAUGCACUACUUGGAUAACACGUUCGCCUCAGCACUCGGUGCUGCCAAGCCUGCACUCAUGCAACAUCCUGGUGGUAUUGGCAAUGCCACGAUGAAACUUAACGGCUCAGGUUUCAAUUUGGCUCGUGCCAAUCUUUGGCAGUUCAGCCCCUUGCUUCUCUUUACGAAGGAGACCAAUAUGCCUGCGUGGCAAAGCACUCUUCGCAUGUAUCACACCAAGGCCCGUCCUCUGUAUAGUGAUGUCUUCCGAGACAACACCAAUAACUGGAAGAGAGGUGCUCGCACGGCUAGUGGCGAAGCGACUGAGCUGCUCUUCACCUCAGUCGAGAAAGAGACUUCCGAAGGUCUUACCAGUACAGCCCGUAAACUAACUGUGAAGCGAUCCCAAACAUUGGCUAAAUCCUUCCGAUCAGCCGGUGCUGGCGGUGAUAAGUCUACGACUGUUGACAGAGCACAACAUGGACGCAUGGCACCAUUUGAGGUUUUCAAUGGUGUGCUUGAAGAACAGGUUCCACUAAUCUCCAUGGAGCAAAACUUCAUUGUUGACCUCUUCCAUGCCACCAGUCUCGAGAAUAUUGACUUUGCGGAUGCAGUAGUGGCUAACGUCCCCGAAGCACGCAUGGGUCCUGAUCUCACUGGCAGACGUUUGAUGGAGCCUGACCGAGCCAUGGCAAGGCGUGUAUCUGAUGUCAUGGAAGAAACCUUCGGCUUCUGGAAAGACGAAUUGAGAACUCUGAUGGAAUGGGCGAACGCUGGCGAUCCCAUCCAGGGUGUCGGAGUUCUCACUGUUCUGGCCUUGCACUCAUACCGCUUGCAAGAAACAUCACAGGAGUUUUUGCUUCACAAUCUCAAUGAGGUGUCCUCACGCUUGCAGACGCUCUUCCAGAAGUUCGUCGAUGAACAGAUCCACGCCAUUGAAGACACAAAGGUCAAAAUCAAGAAGCGCAAGGGUGUUAUUGCUUUCAUGAAGAUCUUCCCCUUGUUCUCGAAUGCUGUCGAAAGUACCUAUUUAUCGGCUGCCAGAGAGUAUGAUGGCCAUGCAGCGGUGCUCGGUGCCCGUCAACUGAUCGAUGACGCAUACAUACGCAUUAACAGAGCUAUGUGGGAUUCUCUCAAGGUCAUUGCUAGAGAAUCGCCAACUGCUGCCGGUGCUGCCGCUUCUGCUCCGACGGCACAUGGCCUCGAAUACGAGGAUAAGGAGAUUCUAAACUACCACAUUCUUCUAAUCGAGAACAUGAACCACUACAUCGAAGAAGUGGAUGAUGGUGGCAAGGAAGGCUCGGUGCUCGCCGAGUGGAGAGCAAAGGCCUUGAUGGACCGCGCCGAACACAUGGAAGAAUAUGUCGGCCGUGUGGUCCGAAGGCCGCUGGGCAAGAUCAUCGUAAGUUUCCCCUUCAAGCUAAAAUCAAAACACAGCAAACAUACUAACAAUCGCCUUUCANNGGACUUUAUCGAAGGUGCAGAAAGCUUGUUGAACCAGAACAUGUCUGGCCCGAGUAUCGCUGCUCGUCCACUCUACUCCCGCCACAACACUAAGAAAUUGCUUGCUUCAAACGACGGCAAGAGCAUACGCAGCGGCAUCGACACGUUGCGCAAACGUAUCGAAAAGCACUUUGGCGAUGCAGACGAAGAACAAUUGUCACGACAAAUGGUUUCUAUGGUAUGCAAGGAAUGUGAGCGACGCUACGACAAUGUUCUCGAUAGGUUGCAGAAGUGUUGCAAUGUACUGUACAAAGAGGACGAGAAGGGUGUAACGAUCGACUGGAGCAAAGAAGAUACCAAAGAAGGUUUCAAGAGGAUUUGA